AUGCGGCACCUGCCUCGCACGUCGGCCAUGAGAAGAGGCAAGGACGGCGCCAGCACUUCUUUCGGCAGUGAAGGAGGCCCCUUCGCCGAGGCGCCACUACAAGAACAAGGAGAAGGAUCCUUGUCUCCCAAAACCUCCUUGGCUAGCUUGUCGUCUUGCCACGACCUCUUCUCUUCGUUGGAAGAAGGCCGGCUACAGGACGCUACAGCAGGCGCGUUGGCAAGGGCCCGCAAGGUGGCCAAGCAAACUUGGGCAGACAUCGGACACGGAGGGAUUGGCAAUGAUGCUGGAACGGACGAGUCUUCUUCCUUCUACGCCUGCCCAAGUGAGAGGUUCACAACGACAAACUCCGAGCGGUAUGCCCCCCUUAUCAAAAUGAAGAAAAUCGAGAAAGGACAGCGAUCGGCAGGCUUUUGCCGCCAAAGGCUUGGCGAUUCGGCCACCGAAGCAUCGCGCAGGAUGCAAAAGAGCGAGGACCGAUCAAUCAAGCUUAAAGAGCACAUGGAACGAAUAUCCCUGAGCGUCAAGACCGAGGAAGUCGCCGCAAGGCUCAAGGAAGAGAGGCGCGUACGUGGUAAGGCUCGAACACGACUGAGGUACAGCCGGUGGGUCAACAGCAUGGACAAUUGGCUCGGCGACGAGGUGCCCAAGCUGGCCGACUACGACAAGCGACAAUUUCCGGUUCAAAGCUCCAGGAUACGAGGGGGGCAGCAGAUGCACGAAGCUCUCGGUGGCCCCAUGGCGAUUCUGUAG